AUGGAUGACCCGGCCCCCAACUUGGUCCCCAACCCAAUUGAAGAGAUUUCAACCCGGUCCCCAACCCUAAUUGAGCUACCCUUUUCGCGAUCGAGCUCACUCUUUCACCCUAAUCACUCUUUCACCUUGGCUACCCCUGGAGGAGCUCACAUCCCUGCCGUCACCAGAACCACCCUCGCUGCGCCGUUAGCCUCCGCUCCCCCUCCGCCUCGUCUCCUCAUCGCCGUUACCAGCAUCCUUACCGUCAGCGUCAGCGUCAGCGCCACCUCUUUCAACCGAUUCCUUCCAAAAGCGAAUACGACAAGGGACAAUGUGGGAAGAUAUCGGAGCUCGGAGGCGGCAACUGUUUUCCGCGUCUCUUGCUCGGUGUCAAUGUCAGUCUUGCCCUUGUUGAAGGAAUUGUUGCUUUCGUUGCGUUGUUUCAGGGGAGGAAAAGGAAAAAGAAAAAAAAGAAAAAGAAAAAGAUAAAAGGACAGUUUCUGACAGGUGAUGUGUUUAAGUGGAUUUGGUUUAUCCACAUCAAAUGACAUAUAAUAUUACAACCUUCGACCUUGGAUAUGAUAUGCCAACAAUGGCUGCUUCUCUCUCCUUUCUACUUCUUCCACUAGGUAUCUAUUCUAUGUGCUGCUUCCUUAAAUUUCCAAUUGUUUUCUUCAUUUCACAACUCAAACAAUGUUACAUUGUCAUUGCUUCUUGUUUAUGUUUUGUUCACAACCUCAGAUUGUUUUUGCUUCCACUCUUGUAUAGGUUUUAGUUUGAGGAGCACUACUAAUUAUUGUUUAACUCAAUAAUCUGUUGUGUCAUGUUCUUAGAUGAAUGAUAGUGGUACCAAAAAGUUAUUUUUUUCUAAGAGGAAAGUAAUAAGUAAUAACGAAUUAUUGUUGAGUUAAUGAGUUCAUGCAUUGUAUUUACAGGAUAGUAAAGGUGAAUUCAUUGUGACUUUGUAAUCCACUUCUGUU